UGAAUGCUCUGUGCCGAACCCGAAGAGAUGUGUGAGCAGGCUGCCCGUUACUGCAGAGACGGCGUCCACAAGCUGCUCAGCAAAGAACAGUCCAAACUCCGGUCUCAGAGCAGCGAGACAGAGACGGCAGCGCAGACAGGCAGCGGCGGAGCUCAGCUCGGUGGAAUAGACGGGCUAGUCCGCUGGAUAGUCACCAAGAUGAGCGACAACAAAAACCUCUCUUCCCGGGAAUUCCUCAAGGAGGAGUCGGCGGUUGCACGGGAGAAGUUCUUCAACCCGGAGCCACGGAAAGGCAUCUCUGUUAUAUUGGAUAUAUUCCGAAGAGCAGAUAAAAAUGAUGAUGGGAAGCUGUCCUUGGAUGAGUUCCAGGCCUUCUUCUCUGACGGGACUCUCAACGAGGAGGAACUGGAGAAGCUGUUCCACUCGAUAGACUCGGACAACACCAAUAAUGUCGACACCAAUGAGCUCUGUGAUUACUUUGCCUCUCACAUGGGGGACUAUGAGGAAGUGCUGGCCUCCCUGGAGACCCUCAACCUGUCCAUCUUAAAGGCCAUGGGCUACACCAAAAGGGUGUACGAGCGAGGCACCAAUGUGGAUCAGUUUGUGACCCGCUUCCUGCUGAAGGAAUCAGCCAAUCAGAUUCAGUCCCUUCUGAACUCGGUGGAGAGCGCAGUCGAUGCCAUUGAAGAGCAGACCUCCCAGCAGACAGGUCACUACCAGAGUAAAGGGGGUCACCACGUCUCGGAGGCCCGGUACGAGAACCCUGUCCAUGAGUACCCCCCCAACAACAGGGUCACCGCCAGGGAGCAGAAGAGGAACAUCCAGACUGGUCCAGUGGAGAUCAAAGAAGAGGGGUUGGAAGCCCAGAUAAACAGACUGGCUGAGCUGAUUGGGAGAUUGGAGAGCAAGACUGUGUGGCUUGACCUGCACCAGAGGCUGACUGACACUGAUGGCACAGCCUGCGCAUCCUUGUACCUGGUACGUCAAGAGAUGAGCGUAUCCCAGAAGCACCUGGGAGAGUUCUGCGAGGCGCUGAAGCAGUACAUGAAGAACGUCUCGGCACAGAGGGACUGCUUUCAUGUUACUGCAGUGAGGCUGCCUGAUGGAAUCACCUUUGUUGUAUAUGAGUUCUGGGAGGGAGAGGAGGAAUGGAAGAGACACCUCCAGAGCUCGCCCUGCAAGGUGUUUCAGCAUGUGAAAGUGGACACUCUGACCCAGCCUGAGUCCGUCUCCAGCGUUGCUGUACCAGCUGCGUGGUGCUCUCUGAACCGGGACUGACUCCGCCCCAGCCCCGCCCGUGCCCCAGCCCGGGGCCCCGCCCCAGCCCCGCC